CGGGGUCCUUCCGUACGCGUUGAUAUGAUUGGCCAAGGAAGAGUGGCUCUCUUUUCCUCCCUGGCUGCUUGAAGCUAAACCUUCAUCAUGAAUGACACGGUAACCAUCCGGACCAGGAAGUUCAUGACCAACAGACUACUUCAGCGGAAGCAAAUGGUCAUUGAUGUCCUUCACCCUGGGAAGGCAACAGUACCCAAGACAGAAAUUCGGGAAAAACUAGCCAAGAUGUAUAAGACCACCCCUGAUGUCAUCUUUGUGUUUGGAUUCAGAACCCACUUCGGUGGUGGCAAGACCACUGGUUUUGGCAUGAUUUAUGACUCCUUGGAUUACGCAAAGAAAAAUGAACCCAAACACAGACUUGCAAGACAUGGCCUAUAUGAGAAGAAGAAGACCUCAAGAAAACAGAGAAAGGAACGCAAGAACAGGAUGAAGAAAGUCAGGGGGACUGCAAAGGCCAAUGUUGGUGCUGGCAAAAAGAAAUGAAGUGUCUGGCAGUGAGCUGGAGAUUGAACAACAGAAGGAGUAAAGAUUCUUCGGUGACUUUAUCUCUGAUGGUUGUGCAGAUUUUUCGUUGUGCAGAUUUUUCGUGAGAGAAUUAAUAAAAUAUAAACUUUUAUGUG